GUCCAGGCUUCGGCUUGGAUCACCCAGCCGCAAUCAUUGAGCCCAGCAGUUGGAGCGGCAGCGAAAGUCCUGCCGAGGACAUCGAAAGGAUGAGCGACUCCAAUGAUAAACCUAUGGACAAUGACGCGGAGGGCGUCUGGAGCCCGGAUAUAGAGCAGAGCUUUCAAGAAGCCUUAGCCAUCUACCCACCGUGUGGGAGGAGGAAAAUUAUAUUAUCCGACGAGGGCAAAAUGUAUGGUAGGAAUGAAUUAAUAGCCAGAUACAUCAAGUUACGGACAGGCAAAACGCGGACCAGAAAACAGGUGUCUAGUCACAUACAGGUCUUAGCAAGAAAGAAAGUUCGAGAAAUCCAAGCGGCCAUUAAGGUGUCUAGUCACAUUCAGGUUCUUGCCAGAAGGAAAUCUCGUGAUUUUCAUUCCAAGCUGAAGGAUCAAACCGCCAAGGACAAAGCACUGCAGCACAUGGCGGCCAUGUCCUCCGCUCAGAUUGUAUCCGCCACUGCCAUUCACAACAAGCUGGGCCUUCCAGGGAUUCCUCGCCCGGCCUUUCCUGCUGCACCCGGGUACUGGCCAGGAAUGAUACAGACGGGUCAGCCUGGAUCCUCACAAGACGUCAAGCCAUUUGUCCAGCAAGCAUAUCCCAUCCAGCCCACCGUCACAGCGCCCCUAACAGGUUUUGAAACGGCAGCGCCGCCUGCCUCCUCAGUCCCGGCAUGGCAAGGUCGGUCCAUAGGCACAACCAAACUCCGAUUGGUGGAGUUUUCAGCAUUUCUAGAACAGCAGCGGGACCCAGACGCUUACAACAAACACCUCUUUGUGCACAUCGGACAAGCCAACCACUCGUACAGCGACCCCCUGCUCGAGGCUGUAGACAUCCGCCAAAUUUACGACAAGUUUCCAGAGAAGAAAGGGGGCUUAAAGGAGCUGUUUGGAAAGGGGCCACAGAAUGCCUUCUUCUUAGUAAAGUUCUGGGCCGACUUGAACUGUAAUAUCCAGGACGAUGCCGGGGCCUUCUACGGUGUAACGAGUCAGUACGAAAGCUCGGAAAACAUGACCAUCACCUGCUCAACUAAAGUCUGCUCGUUUGGGAAACAAGUGGUGGAGAAAGUGGAGACAGAAUAUGCAAGGUUUGAAAACGGCCGAUUCGUGUAUAGGAUAAACCGCUCCCCCAUGUGUGAAUAUAUGAUAAACUUUAUCCACAAGCUGAAGCACUUACCGGAGAAGUACAUGAUGAACAGCGUAUUGGAAAACUUUACUAUUUUGUUGGUGGUAACAAACAGGGAUACACAAGACACACUACUGUGCAUGGCGUGCGUAUUCGAAGUUUCAAACAGUGAACACGGAGCACAACAUCACAUCUACAGGCUGGUGAAAGAAUGAAUGUAGUCCCCGCCCCCCCCCCACCCACUCCAUAUAUAUCCUGUUUAGACAAACACUAAGAAAAAGAAAAAAAAAACUUCACAAUGGACACUGACUAAAACCUCAACACUAGCGGCAGCGCCUAAAGCCCACCCAACGUUUUCUCUCUGCUCUGUUUAUUUCAAUGGCGUCAUUUCUAAUUUGUUUAUAAAUUAAUUGUAGCUGUGAAACAUUACAGUUUGUAAAGAUUUCUUAAAAAAAAAAGUGAAAAAAAAAAGAAAAAAAAA